CUGGCUGGCCUUGCAGAAGCUUUUGGACUUCAAGUACCAUGGUAACAGAGAAGGAAGUAGAGGCCAUUGGGCAGACCCUUUUGGAUCCCAAGCAGCCCCUGCAAGCUCGUUUCCGGGCCCUCUUCACCCUUCGAGGGCUAGGUGGGCCUGGGGCCAUUUCCUGGAUCAGUCAGGCCUUCAGGGAUGAGUCAGCCCUCCUGAAGCAUGAGUUGGCCUACUGCUUGGGCCAGAUGCAAGACACCAGAGCCAUCCCUGUCUUAGUGGAGGUACUGAAGGAUACAAGCCAGGAGCCUAUGGUUCGCCAUGAGGCUGGAGAGGCUCUGGGAGCUAUUGGCGAUCCAGCAGUGUUGGAACUCCUGAAGGAAUUCUCCAAGGAUCCUGUGAUUGAGGUGGCAGAGACAUGCCAAUUGGCAGUGCAACGACUAGAGUGGCUGCAGCAGAAUGGAGGAGAACCUACAGGUAGUCCCUACUUGUCUGUGGACCCAGCCCCACCAGCAGAGGAAAAGGACGUGAGCCGUCUUCGGGCAAUGCUAUUGGAUGAGGCAUGCCCACUCUUUGACCGCUAUCGGGCUAUGUUUGCUCUUCGAAAUGCUGGAGGCAAGGAGGCUGCACUGGCCCUUGCAGAAGGGCUGUGCUGCGGUAGUGCUCUGUUCCGACACGAGGUGGGCUAUGUAUUGGGCCAGCUGCAACAUGAGGCCUGUAUACCCCAGCUUACAGCUGCUCUGGCCUGCCAAGCUGAGAACCCCAUGGUACGACACGAGUGUGCUGAAGCCUUAGGCUCUAUUGCCCACCCUGAUUGUCUAGCAGCCCUUCGAGCCCAUGCAGCUGAUGGGGAGCGCGUAGUUCGUGAGAGCUGCGAGGUGGCCCUGGAUAUGUAUGCCUAUGAGAAUGGGUCUGAAUUUCAGUAUGCCAAUGGCCUCAGCCAGCUUCAUCUGCCCUCUGCUGGGCUGGAUGGAUUCUCCUGACUUUGUAAACCUGCUGCUGCCAUGCUCUGGUAGCUUCUACCAUCAUCUGCUUUGGCCUCAUCUUUCUUGCUCCCAGCCUACUUUGUCCUCUCAUGGGAAUGGCUACCCAUUGGAAUGGGACUGGAAACUUGAAAUGACCUGGGUGGGUUAGAAGAAGAUAGGAGCAAUUAGGGGUCUUCUGGGAAGGGGACAUUGGAUCUGUUGGAGAUGCCAGAAUCAACUAGGAGCCGGGCCAGUUCUUUGGGGAACAUAUCUUGUGUGUUGGUAUGAGAUCAAGAUCUCCUUCAAGGCAUUCUUCUCUUUUGGGACAGAAUCUAUUGGGAGCAGUUUGGGAUCUUUUGAUGGGGGACACAAGUGAGCCAUUGGGAAUGAGCUCAGAGUUUGCUAGAAGGUGUUGGGAUCUAUUGAAAUAAUAGGGCCUGUGGGGAGUAGAUUGGGAGUAUCUUCAGGGUUUUCUCGGGAGAAUCUAGUGGUAAUAUGUGAUCUAGAUUUAUUCAGAGAUAUUGGGAUUAUUUGUCAGUAAAACUAGGUUUAUUGGGGCUCUUUUGGAGAAGAUGUGGGAAAGAAUCUGGAUUGAUCGGGGGAAAAGGCAUAUGGGUGAAGCUUAUUCUGAAUUGCUGCUCUUUACCUGUCCAUAUGUCCCAGACCAUCUGGAGAACUUCUUUCUCUCUCAGUUGAUCAGUCCCUUCUUCCCAAGCCCUUGGUCAUUUCUACUUAGCCCAUGUCCUGCUGCUGUGUCUGCUCCAUUGCUUGCUAACCAGCCCAGUACUGAAGAGGGAAGCCCACCCAUUUGUAUUCCUUUUCCUACCAUCCACCCACUGCCUGUCUGGAAGAAAUGGAGAGUGCCUCUCCAGUCAGAUAAUUGGGAUGGGGGGAUGGGAACCCUUCUCUUUGAGAGAAGUGGAGUGGGGUGGAUCAUGAGGUGGAUAGAAUUCUGAAGUGAAUUCUUCCCAGGGAAAGAGAGCUGGGGUGGUAGGGUGUUGGGGAGAGGUGAGAGGAGGUCUGGAGUUGAGUCCCAGGAUAUAGAGGUCAUCUGAGCAGAAUAUUAAAUUAUUUCUCUGAAAAGAUCAUGUGACAUGUCUAUGUGGGGCGACAGGGUGAGAUGGAAAGAGCCCUGGACUGGAUGUCAGAAGGUCUGAGUCUAGUCCCAACUUUUGAACAAGUCUAUUUCCCUCAUUGGGCCGCAGAUGACCACUAAUGUCCCUUCUCGUUUUUUGAGAUGAUAAUCACAAUUAAGUAGUUUGUUGUAAAGAAUUCUGGACUAAAAGUCAGGAGAGGGGGCUGUUGGGUGGCUCAGUGGAUUGAGAACCAGGUCUAGA